GGAAUAUGGGCCCUUUAAUAGCAGCAAUUUUGAGCUUUACUGUCCAAACAUAAGAGGAGGAGCCAAAGCAGCAAAACCAAAGGAGAGCAAGCAGAAGACCAAACCUGAGUGAACAGAGGAGCGAAGGAAAAUAGGAUGAAGCUGGAAGCAUCUCUUGGAGACAUGAGCGAGUGGAGGGAGGUGGACUUUGCCCUCAACUGCACCUACAUCGUCCAUGACCAGGCGUCGGAGCCCAGCUUCAGCCUGCCCAGAGCCAUGACCUCCAUCCCCCGCAACCUCACCUUCCAGUAUGGCCCAGACAACGAGGUGACCGGCGUUUUCAGUAAAGAAUACAUCCCCCAGGGGACGCGCUUCGGACCCCUGCAGGGCGACGUUUACACCAAAGACAGCGUUCCUCCUCAGGCCAACAGGAAAUACUUCUGGAGAAUUUAUUCCAGCGGUCAGCUUCACCACUUCAUUGACGGCUAUGACGUCCAGCGCAGCAACUGGAUGCGCUUCGUCAACCCGGCACGCUCUCUGGCAGAGCAGAACCUGGUGGCCUGCCAGAACGGCUGCGACAUCUUCUUCUACACCAUCCGGCCCGUGGAGCCCGACCAGGAGCUGCUGGUGUGGUACAGCCCCGAGUUCUCCCAGCGGCUGUGCGGACACGCGCCCUCGCAGCCGGACAGCCUGAAGACCAAGCAUCUGGGUGGCGACGUGAUGGAAGCUGACCUCCAGAAGCAUUACCUACCUCAGUGGACCUGCUGCCCCAAACGGGGACCAAGCCCUCACAGGCCCCAGAGCCGGGACGAAGCCAAAAAGGAGGAGAAGGAGGCAGAGGAGAAGGUUGAUGUUGAGGUCAUUGAGAGGGAUACACCUCCAGACACACCUGACCAGCACGUGAUGGACUUCAGUAAGAAGGUUCAGCCCGAGGUGCCCAAAGCAUCCCGCCCUGAUCUGAGCCCCCAAACCUUCGGCGUGCAUCAGGACCUUCCACUGCAUCUUCACGGCCUCUACGGCUACAGAGAGAGGCCCGUAACUUACCCUCCUCUGCCCCCUCCAAGACCUCUACAGCCCCCCUACCAGCUCCUGCCACCUUAUAGCCCCCAUUACUCCCGCCUGCUCCUACCCCCGUACUCCCCUCCAUAUCCCCCUGUGCUGCCCCCUAGAGGACCAUUCCGGUACAACAAUGUUCUGGGUAACGAUGCUUUGCCUUUUCCACCAGCAACCCAGCCGGGUCUUCUGCCCGUCAGCAUGCCCUAUCCUGCCCCACCUCCUCAUGGUGGCCUGAAGGAGAGACCCCCAAACACCUCCCCUCCCCAAGGUGCCCCGGCCACUCCCGAACUCUCACCCCUGUCCAAGCUCUCUUCCCCUGAGCCGCAGCUUGUUCUGCAGCAGCCCCCAUCGGCCUGUGAAGAGGCCAUCAACCUCAGCCUGGCCGCCGCAACCAAAAACAGCUCUUCAUCUUCAUCAUCCUCACGGCAUGCACCCGGGUACAAGUCCCUCCCCUACCCGCUCAAGAAGCAGAAUGGGAAGAUCAAGUAUGAGUGCAACGUCUGCUUCAAGACCUUCGGCCAGCUUUCCAACUUGAAGGUGCAUUUGAGGGUACACAACGGAGAGAGGCCAUUCCAGUGUCCGCUGUGCAAGAAGAGCUUCACCCAGCUGGCCCACCUGCAGAAGCACCAUCUCGUCCACACCGGAGAGAAGCCUCAUGAGUGUCAGGUGUGCCACAAGCGCUUCAGCAGCACCAGCAACCUGAAGACGCACCUGCGGCUGCACUCGGGAGAGAAGCCCUACCAGUGCAAGCUGUGCAGCACCAAGUUCACGCAGUACAUUCACCUGAAGCUGCACCGCCGCAUGCACGGCUCAGCGUGCGAGCAGGCCCACCGCUGCCCGCUCUGCUGCCAGGCCUUCCUGCACCGCUUCAGUCUGGAGCUGCACCGCCGCUCGGGCAGCUGCCCGGCCACCGCCACCCGCCCUCAGAGCCCCGAGCUGCGCAGGACGGCCGAGCUGCUUGAGCACUUUGACUCCAGCACCGAGGCCAACGGCCUGGACGAGACCGCACCGGACGCCGAGGUGGACGCGGCGCUGGAAAGGUGGCUGGCCAGAAACCUGGCUGCCAGCCCGAAGGAAGACAGCAGGGUCUUGAAGACUAUGGCUGCCAUGGGGCAGCAGCAGGAAAGGGCCAGUGUGGUGCAGUUCUGCACCCCACCACGACCCUCGGUGAAGGCUGAAGAAGAGUAGAGGAAGGGAAGUGUUUUGGGGCGUCGAGCCUGGGGGUCCUCAACUCCAUUCCUGGCCAUUUCUGAGUAUUUAUUCCCUGCUGUGACGCAUCUGACCCAUCAGCGUAGUAAGAACAGUGGGGCACACUUGUGUUUGAAAAAGAGAUAUUACAGUUUGAAUUUGAUGACAAGGUUUUUUUGUGGAAAGAAAACUCACUGUCGGUGAGGAAAGUCACAAGAGCAGACUAAAUAAUUCCGUAAGAGCUGAUCCAGCUAAUCAUGACAUUAUGAAGGUUUUACUGAGACAGAUCAGGUGUGUUGCAGCACAGAAUAAAUACUGAAAGGAUGGGCAAAAGUCGGGAACCACUGGCUCAGACGUUUCUGAGGACUUUUGACAAUAUUUCCAAAAAUAGAGACUUGGGCAGCCUGUAGUAGUUGAUGCCAAAAAGACGCCCUCUCUGGUGUAAAAAAGGGAACGACAGAGAGGAUGGGAAUGAAGAAGAAGAAGAAGGAGAAGAAGAAAAAGAGCAGCACCAAAAACUAAACAGCAUUUCCAAAGACUUUGGCAUGAUGAGUAAUUGCACUUCCACCUUCCGUCCUGCUGCGGAGCGAGAGGGUGACCGGCCGCGUCCUCUGUACUACUCCUUUCUUGUAUUUUUCGUUUUGAUCGGCAGGUCUGUGUGUUUAUUAAUUUAUUACUGUGUAUAGUAUUUCUGUUCGACUUUAGCCACGAAUCAAAUGUGUGUCGAUAGCAUUUUUGUUGUAUUUUUGUCUGUGUGUUGUUUUCUGUUCGGGUCACUGAGCUGUUGAAGCUUCCUCCAAAACCACUCUCAGGAAUUCUGCUGAAAUGUUAUUCAGGGUUUGAAAGUCUGUAUGAAUAUCAGGGAUUUGUUCCACUCCAAAAUCACGGUCAUGGCCAAAAACUGGACUCCAAAGCUGUAGCUGUCUGAGAAACGACUCGAGGCACUCUGUGAAUGUGAAUGCUUUAUUUAUGCUCUUAGACUGGAGAGCUGUACGGAGCUCGGUAUUCUGCUGAUUUACUAUUUAUUGUUUGAAGCUCUUAGCGUUUGUUAGCUUGGUGUGUAUUUGGGUCGUGUAAGGCUGGACACUUUGGUCCUUCUGACACAUGCGAGCAGAACUGAAGGCCCCAGUGAUCUCAGGUAAAAUCGGCAAAGAAACUCCUUUCGUUCCGUUUCUUGUGCGAGAGGUGUGAGGUCGACGAUGUUAAUGGUUCGUUUUAAUGUUGUUUGCUUUGUUUUUUUAAUUUAUUUGAUGUUUAGCACUGGAAAAAGCAGGACCUAGAUCCAUGUGCGAGGUUACUGUUACGUAGCGUCAGCGAGGGCUAGUUUACUUACUUAUUUUACUUUGUUUGUAGGAUCGUUUUCCUGUACAGUUUGUUUACUUAUUUUUGACUCAGCGUACAAGAUGUUAAUACUUUAUAUGUGAGAGACUAUUUUCAUUAAACUUUUAUAAUGUAGCACAUUAAAUAUAUUCUUUCUCAAA